CUGCCUCAGUCCUCAGAGGACCUGGGCUUGCUUCAGGCAGGAGCCCACUGGCUGCUAUCAUUCCUGUAGGCCUUGGGGUCAGACACUUCACCUGGGGCGGUGCUGUGGCCUCUUGAGAUGUUCUCUAUUUUCCCUGGAUAGUGAGGGUGGCAGAAUCGUUCUCACUGGUACAGUGUGGUUUCUGGGGCACCCCGAGUCCAGCCUCACACCAUAAUGGUGGCAUUGAGACAGUAACCCAUCCUGGUAGCUUAUGAGACCUGAUUUAGCUAUUUGGGGGGGGGGUCAGUAAAUAUGUACUGAACAAAUACUAUACUUAAUUCCAAACUCAUAAUGUUCUCAUACUAAUUCCAUUGUAGACCCUUGAAGUAAAUCAAUGAGUAAAGCAGGGAAAGGAUCUGCUACAAUAAGUAAGGGGAGUGUGGGGUUGUUUGAAAAGAUGAGUUAUGAGAGAAAGGAGGAGAAUCUGGUGAGAGAGAAGUUUGGGAGACCUGUUGCCCUCUUAAGUGGGUUGCACAGACUGACUUUAUGCAGGUGGUGGCAAUACUAAGGAAGGGGUUGCUUGGUGGGACAAGAGCCUCCUGGGCAGAGGAAAGAGCCAAACAGGCUUAAGGGACAUGUGUGACCUGUGUGGGAAGCCCUUGGGGGUCUGGUGGCGGGAACAGAACCUGUGCUGAGAAGCAGAGGGGGAGAGGUCAGAGAAGUGAGGUGAGGGGUCAGGUUGUGAAUGUCACUGAAAACACUCGGGCAGUUACACGGAGUGUCCUGGGAGCCACUGAGUGUUCUGAACAGAGGGGAGACAGCCGUUAGCUUGCUGUAAACCGAUGCUUCUGUGUGCCCUAAAGCAGCAGGGCACAGGUGAUAUGCAUAAGCGCUUACAGUGCUAGGAAUGCCAGAGGGAGCUGGGGGCUGAAGGUCAGAGGUCAAGUUCAGGAUAUACUUUGAGAAUAGAGGUCCAGAGUCCCCCAUGAGGGCCAGGAUAAGUCUGCAAGACAGCUUUGAUCUCCAGUCUCAGGCCUGGGGCUCUUCACCAUCUCCCCGAUGCUGAUGGUCAUGGUGGGAAGCAAGGGUGGGAUGGGCCACAGUUAGCUAUGACUUUGGGAUCCCGAGUGUAAACUGAGGUCUGUAACACCCGAGAAGGCUACAUGCCCACUUAGAGUUCAUAUCCGUGAUGACGGAAGUGAGGUGGGAGGGCUUAACUAGAAUUUACUAGAGAAAACAGACUCCCAACAAUUAGGAAGCUGAGGCUAAGACAUAGAUGGAUAUUGGGGUGGCUAAGCAGAUGAAUGGACAAGCAGAUGGGAGAACCAAACUGAGACAGUGGCCAGGACCCCACCGAGCCAGGCAUCUGUGUGUGACAGCUGGACUUCCUGUUCUUAAUGAACGACUCUGAGAUGCAAAGUCUCUUCAGCCACCCAGGCCCUUGGAAAGAGCCGCUGGGUCAUGGCUGUCUCCGUGCAGUGCGAAAAGCGAACGGUGUUUCCCACGGAACGCUGCCUGCGUUCUUUCAUGGCACUGCAAUUACUGUUUCCUUUUUGGAUCCUCCUUUCUUGUUUAAAAUGAGACAACACUGUCUGGCCCGUGUUCGUCACAUGAUCUAAUAACAUAAAACACGCAUGAAAAACCUGUUGUGUAAAAAACAAGCAAGUAACAGUAACAAGGGAUAGAAGAAUCACCUGUGAGUCCUGGCCUCUCCCCUUGUAAGAAACUCACGGCUUCUCAGGACCAAAUUGACCGGGAAUAAGUAGGCGAUGUCGUUCUUCAGUCUUCAAGGAUAACUUGAGAUCUGUUAACGUUGGAGUUAGAGCAGGAGGGCAAGACAGGAAGCAUGACAGUCCCCUUCCAGGUGACUGAUAAAACAAACAUGCUCAUUGCAGAUCUAAAACUAAAAUUCUAGGGAUAGAAGGCUACUCCUUUUGAAGGAUUUGUUUUGCUGUGUGUUGCUAGGUAGGUUUGAUGGUAAGAGCUGCACUGUAGGAAGUUAAGAAAAUUAAACAUUAUUCACAAUCUCAUCAAGGAGUAGUUGCCUCAAGCCAGCAUUCCCUGUCCACAGAUACUUAGAGAGUCAUCCUGGAAUUGUGAAGUAAGGACAUGAUUUAGUAGAAGUGACAAAAGGUCACAAACGUUGUUCCUUAGUGUUGGAUAUUGUUCUACAGUGUGACUACUCAAUGAGCCAGUGAUCGUGGCAGUCAAUAUAUUGUAUAAAGCUUCUGAAGUUUAAAAACUGAUUUCUUAGUUGGGAGUCGAUGGUCACGUAUCGUUAUCACAAGCUGGUGGCUCUCUGUCAACCUUCGUCCAGUCUCCGUUAUCUCACUAAAAUAGAGACAAUCCGUUUCAUGUUCUGCUAAACACACUAUCAUUUGUUCCCACUUCGGGGAGUCCUGAAAAAUAUCUGGACAUGAACUGGAAGUUGUAGGUGAGGGCUAGAUUUUUGCAAACAAGGAAGGCUCUACUUCCACACUCCUGGAUAUGGAUGAAGACUUGACUGGGAAACACAUCUGCAGAGAUAGCAAACGAAACGGCUGCUGUCUGCAUGGGCUUAGGGGAGCUGGGAUUUUAAAGCAACCAGGGUAGCACAAGGGAAUGACUGGCUUAUUUCAUAAUUAAAAGUCAAUGUAAGAAAAUAGAACUUCAAAUAACAAAUGGGAAGCUCUCUCUCUCUCUGUGUGUGUGUGUGUGUGUGUGUGUUUGGUAAACAAAUGUUCUUAAUAUUUAAAGUACUUGAAAAUUGUAAGAAAAAUUCAAACCAAUCGAUAGGAAAAUGGCCAGAUUUACCAAAGAAACACAAUGGCCAAUAAACAUGUAUUAAAACUUUGAUCUCGGUAAUAAUUAAUGAUAUAUAGUGCUCAUGAAUGAGCCACCAUGUCCUCUUGUCAAAGUGGGAGAACACCGUGCAUAGCUGGAGUUUGAUGUCCUUACCUUUACAGAGAACCUUUGUCCCACAUCUCGGUGUGCAGGAGUUUUACCUAACAGGCCUGCCAGGGGUGUGCUAGUAAAUGCCUACCAACAGACUCUUUGAUAGCGACUUCAUUUCUGUGUAGAAUUUGCCAGUCUCUGUGGUCUAAAUAUUCGUUUCAUGAUUGGCUCAGAGUACAUCCUGAGGACUGGCGAGAUGGCUCAGCACUGGCUACUCUUCCCCGGGACCCAAGUUUGAUUCCCAGAACCCACGUGGUGGCUCACUGUCUGUCACUCCAGCCCCUCUGGUGCUUCCACAGGCACCGGGUAUGCAUGUGGUACACAGCCAUACCUACAGGCAAAACAUUCAUACACAUAAAUCAAAAUUAAACUAAAAAGAUCAAAGUACCUCGUAUUGUCAGUGAUGCCAGGAGCUCAGUGUUCUAUAAAAUUUCUACCACAGAGAUAAAUAGAAAUACCACAGGCACAAAUAGAAAGAUGUGGUAAAGAACAGGAAACGACAAGUUUGGGAUAACAUUAUCUUUUUAUCUCCUUACUUUUUAAAAUGCUGUGGGGAGCUAUGUGCACAUGAAGACAGGUGUCCAAGGAGCCCCGGGGCAUCAGGUUCCCUGGAGUUGACAUUAUGGUUUCUUGUGCUGGGAAUCAAACCACGAUCCUCGAAGAGAAGUAAGCACUCUCAACUGCUGAGCCCUCUCUCCAGCCCCACACAGGAAGCCAUUUUCCAUGUGCUCACAUAGUGGAUGCAUGUAUCUGCCAGGCAGCACAGUCAAAGAAAUCGCCACAAACCCGGAAGAAGCUGGGAAAUUUGUCUUUGAAGUUAUUCCAGCCUCAAGUGACCAGAACCGCACUGGACAAGACUCCUAUGUCCUCAUGGCCAGCUCCCAGGUAGAGAUGGAGGAGUGGGUUAAGUUCCUCAGGAGAGUUGCUGGCACACCCUCUGGAGCGGUGUUUGGCCAGCGUCUGGAUGAGACUGUGGCCUAUGAGCAGAAGUUUGGCCCUCACCUGGUGCCCAUCCUGGUGGAGAAGUGCUCGGAGUUCAUCCUGGAGCAUGGUGUGAGUGAAGAGGGCAUCUUCCGCUUGCCGGGGCAGGACAACCUGGUGAAGCAGCUGAGAGAUGCUUUCGAUGCGGGGGAGCGGCCCUCCUUUGACAGGGACACAGAUGUGCACACGGUGGCCUCUCUAUUAAAGCUCUACCUCCGAGACCUGCCAGAGCCUGUGGUUCCUUGGAGCCAGUAUGAGGGGUUCCUGCUCUGUGGACAGCUCACCAACGCAGAUGAGGCCAAGGCUCAGCAGGAGCUGGAGAAGCAGCUUUCCAUUCUCCCCCGUGACAACUACAACCUCCUGAGCUACAUCUGCAGAUUUCUGCAUGAAAUCCAGCUGAACUGUGCCGUCAACAAGAUGAGCGUGGACAACUUGGCCACUGUGAUCGGUGUGAACCUCAUCAGGUCGAAGGUUGAAGACCCCGCUGUGAUCAUGAGAGGAACUCCUCAGAUCCAAAGAGUGAUGACCAUGAUGAUCAGAGACCACGAAGUCCUCUUCCCCAAGUCUAAGGAUGCACCACUGUCACCCCCUGCCCAGAAAAACGAUGCCAAGAAGGCUCCAGUGCCCCGAAGCUCUGUGGGAUGGGACGCCACCGAAGACCCACCACUUUCUAGGACGGACAGCUUCAACAACACAGCAAGUAGCCCUGAUGCCACCAGCCCCACUGGACCACAGCCAGGUGACCAGCAUCAGGAAGAUAGUGGAAAAGCCCCCAAGGAAAACCCAGGAGACUGGAAGAUGCAAUCCCGUAAAAGGACUCAAACGCUCCCCAACCGGAAGUGUUUCCUGACAUCCGCAUUCCAAGGCACCACUAGCAGCAAACUGGAAAUCUUUAAAAAUGAGUUCUGGUCUCCAUCUUCAGAGGCUAAGGCAGGAGAAGGGCACAGGAGAACUAUGUCUCAAGACUUGCGCCACCUUUCCAAUGACCAGAGGACUUCUACCUAUGAUAAUGUCCCCAACCCACCAGUGUCCCAAGGGAACCCAGCAGGUGAACUCUCUCCCCCUGCCAGUGACUCUAAGAGAGAUGCUCCUGUCAGCACAGACUCUGAAAUGGAGUCUGGAAGCAAGAACUCUGGCGAGGAAGACCCUGAUUCUUUGCAGAGGACGGUCCAGCACCUGCAAAAGGAAAUAGAAGCUCAGAAGCAGAUGUAUGAGGAACAGAUUAAAAACCUGGAGAAGGAAAAUUACGAUGUCUGGGCUAAGGUGGUGAGGCUCAAUGAAGAACUGGAGAGGGAGAGGAAGAAAUUCGCAGCCCUGGAAAUCAGCCUUCGAAAUGUGGAGCGCUCCCGAGAGGACGUUGAGAAGAGGAACAGAGUCUUGGAAGAAGAAGUCAAGGAGUUUGUGAAAUCAAUGGAGAAGUCCAAGACGAAGACCGAUGCUUAAGGGUUUGAGUCAUGUGAUAGGGACAGUCAACUCCACCCCAUUUCUUCAUGUUCCUAAUGAGCAGGAAGCAGGAUCACCUCCUAGGAUGGACAUGGUAUCUGGGGGGUGUGCCACAAUCCUGAGCAAGUAAAUGGAAGAUGAGAGAGCCGGAACUCGCCAGGACACCUGUGACCAUGUGCUGUGCUCAAAGGGUUGUGUUAUUCCACUGUGGGAAGAGUGAACUGUAGUCUUCCAGUGCACGACCAGCUCCAAAGGAGACAUUUAAGGUGUGUGACAUCUCAGGACCCCAGGCCAGAGCUAGGCAAAGGCCUCAGUUUUUCAUUUUCUAUGUGGCUGACUUGUGUGGUCAGAUGGCUCUGGUCAGCUCUGGAACAUGGACAGAAAAUGAUACUUAGCUCUCCAGUGCUAACCAAGUGAGGGCUGCUUGGAGAGGCUGGACUGUUGGGACCAGAAUCAAAUAAUAUUUAUGAAAGCAAAAUUGGUGGGAAAAGUAUAUAUUCAAAUAAAGAAAACAGAAAACAAGAA